AUCUAAUCUAAAAAACUAAAUAAAAGACUGAUUGCGUUUUAUUAUUUAUGUCGGUUGUGUGUCAUUAUAAGAAACCCAGCUUGGAAGGACAAUUAGUCUUCAGUAACGAACAUUUUGCCGCCUUAUAAAGUAUGUCCAGUUUGAUCUAAUUUGGAGUCAAUCGGAGAAUCGAACAGUGCAGUCAGCAGCAGUGGGUCAUCGGAUCGGAUCGAGAGGGCAAGUGCAGUGGAGUGGUGGUAAAUUACUUCUUUAUAUUUGCAUCUCAUGAUCUCUGAGUCCACCACAGGACGUUCGAAUAGUUGUAUUUCACACCACGAAGAUGUGCUUCUAUUAUUAAAAAAACAUUCUCGACAGUGGAAGUAUUCGCUCACUGGAGGUGCACCUUGCCUGACAUGAGUCUUUCAAUCAACUAAUUUCUUGAGAGUUUGAGCUUUUAAGAUAUCAUGUCUUCAGAGCGGUUUGAGAGCCACCAGGAGGAGCUCCGGACAUUAUUUGAAGACCUCAAAUACCGAAUUGAGUUCAGGAUACCUAAGGCUGAUGGUGAGGAACGCAAGAAGUUGAUUCGAGAUGCAGAGAGAGGUUUAGAGGAGGCAGGCCUGGUGCUUCAAGAGAUGGAGGAGGAAGCCAAGCCAGCCCCAGGCACGUAUCGCAGUCAGAUGGUCGCCAAAGUCAGGAACUUUCGUCGCGACAUGGAUAAAAUCAGCAGAGACUUGAAGCGAGCCAGCGGUAGUGGCAGCAGUCGCAGUGAGCUCUUCCACUCACAAAGUAACUUUGACAACCAGGUCAAUGCAGCCCAAUCAUCUCAACGCUCAAAGCUUUUGCAAGGACAAGACACGUUGAACAGAACCUCCCAAAGCCUGGACAGGACCCAUAGAAUAGCAGCAGAGACAGACGAGAUAGGAGUGGGGAUUAUCGAUGAACUGGACGGGCAGAAAGAACAACUCCUGAACGCCAAGGAUAAGCUGGAAAAUAUGGACAGCAGUCUUGGCAAAAGCAAACAGAUUCUCAACACCAUAGGCAGAAGGAUUAUAACCAACAAGCUGAUCCUGGUGGGUAUCAUUCUAGUGGAGGCAGUAAUCUUGGGACUUAUCGUUUACUUCAAAUUCUUCGCAUCCUCUGGGAGCAAACCAACCCCUGCGCCAACACUUAAACCUCACACAACGUGACAAA